GUCUCCCCGCCGCCAUCUUUACUGAGGGCAGGGCGGCUCGGAUGGCGGUGAGCGGGUUGCUGAGAGCGCGAGUCGGCAUCCUCCUCCUCCCCCGGCGCGGGUGAGUGACGUCACGGGCAAAUGAACCCUUCACUCAAGGAGAGAAGGGGGAGGGGGUAAUCAGUAUCCCCCCAGACACAGACAGUGAGUCACUCAGGGUCAUUUAUUAAAGUUGCCAAGAAUUUAAAGGGACACCCCAGUCACCAUAACAACUUCAUGUAAUUAAAGUUGUUAUGGUGCCACGAGGCACACUCUUACCUUCAGGGGCUAAACCAGUCUUUAAACAUUUGCCACCAGCGCCGCUCCCCAAGUCCACGUCGCCUCAUCCGGCUUCUGAAUCUGAGUUAUAGAAAGUGCGGAGUGCCGCAGGACAGGGCCGCCGCCGAUUGGCUUAGAGGCGUCAGCUAAGCUAGUCUGUCCCAACCCAUUGCUUUAAAAAACAGUUUUCCGCUAAAAGCGAUUAUUCCUCCGUGUUUGAAAGGAACACGCCAAGCACCAUAACCACUGCAGCCCACUAUAACCAUUUAAAGUAGAUGAACUAGAUAUAGUACCUAGAGUACACCCAUAAGAAAUCUUUCUUUGUAUAUAAGAUGAUUUGGCCUGUACAUGACAUAUAUAAAUGGUUAUCAACCAUGUAAUUCACCUUAAAUAUCUCACAAUAACCCCACACCACCUAAAAUGGAAGUUUAGGCCAUUUCUAAUUUUUGGUACAUGUGGUCCUCACUUAAUGACCUACCUGUUUUACGACAGCUCACACUUACAACCAGCUCUCUAGCAUGGGAAUUCAAGGGAAUGUUCCCCGAACAUAGAUUUAAGGGAUUCCCUGAUCUGCUGCACUUGUCUAUGUUCAGGGAAAUCUCCCCCGAACAUAGACCUACACUGGUGCGCAUGUUCCGUAGCACAUCCUCACUUACCAACCGAGUCGUAAGAAUGGAACCCAGUUGGAAAGUGAGAAGUGCCUGUAUGUAUGUUAUUAUGGCCGGUCCAAUUGCAGACAAUGCAACAAGGGCACAAUGGCUAACUGAUACUCAGCUUUGAUUGUAAACAUCAGAGAGACAGAAAAAACUGAGAAGUCAGAAGGUGGUGAUCUAGAACACUGCUACAUUUCAUAUAAUUUUAUCCUUUGAUGAUCCUCAGCAAACAAAAACAUGCAUGUUGUAGUUCAUUGACAUCUAAAAAUCCACAAAUUGCAGCCAUCUAUUAACUCUAAACUGUGUUUUGCAAUGUGAUUUUGAAGGAUUAGAGUUAUGUCCACCACAAUGGAUGCUCUCAAGCCUUUGAUAGCCGUUUGCCAGAUGACCUCAACGUCUGAUAAAGAGAAGAAUUUCACUAUAUGUUCAGGACUGAUCCAGGAAGCAGCCUCUCGAAAGGCAAGCAUGGUGUUUCUCCCUGAGGCCUUUGACUAUAUUGGUGGCAGCACCGAGGAGACCCUAAGUCUUGCUGAGACAUUGAAGGGGGACACUAUUCAGCGGUACAUGAGCCUUGCCAGGUGUGUAUGGCUGUUUAUAAUUGUCUGCAUACACCUGGUUUUGAUGAUUUUAAAAUCUUUUUAUCAGUUUUUAAUUCAUAAAACCGUCUUCAAAAAUCUGUUACUGUUCUCGAUCUCUUGAGUGUUACUGUUUCUUUCAGUGUGUAUAGUUUGACUUGCUACAUUAAUCCAUAGUAUCACAGAUUUUAUUAAAGGACACGGAGGCUCUUAUUAGGUAUAUCUAUUUCUUUUAUUCCUCAGCAGCAAAGAAAGCUAAGGUAUUUAUAAUAUAGAAAAAAAUGAAACAAAGUAUCCUCACAGGGUUAACCAUUACAUCACAUAUCCUAUCCAAUAGGAACAGUCCACAUAUCAUAUAGUCCCACGUGACCCCCAUCUCUUCCUCUUUCUUUGCUGCUGCCUCAGCUAAGUGCCACCAUUUUAUCACUCAGACAUGAUUUACUGUUUUGUAUAUUUAUCUGCAUGUCUGUUUAAUUAUGCUUGUUAAUCACUCUGUCUCUGUUUGGAGUACUAUUUCCUCUUACUGUGCUACCCCCCUUCAGGGGGAACGGCUGCUGAUUGCCGCGCCUCCCGAGUUGUCCCGCCCGCCAGGACGGCUAAUCCCUUCUCCCCCCUCGUAUUCAGAGUAGUUUAUUACCCAUUUGCUUGCACGGAUCGCGGCGGUCGAUUGCCAGACGUGGGGCACCCUCUUGGGAACUGUCAGUUCACGCUGGGCCCGGUCCGCGGUCGGUGCCACUCGCGCAUGCGCAGCCGCGGCUGCGCAUCGUGACAGCCAUACUGUGAGUGGCAAAACUUUGACGCGCUUUUCUACUGGCUCGCGCAGCCCACUCAGUGGCGGGCGCGAGCUGAUUGGACAGGAAGGCUGCCUAUCAGCCUACCAGUGCACCAGUGCACAUUCCUGAGUGAACACUCGGUAAGCUGACAGCUCAGUAUUUUGUUCUGUGCCUUGCCUGCAGUUUAUUUUGCCUGUCACUACCUUGUAUGAUUUUAGACUGUUAAGUCUUGACAGCCAAAACUCUGCCCACUGUUAUUUGGUCUAUUUGUCCUAUAACCUGCUUAACUAGCUCCUGCUUUAAUAUGCAGACCCCUAAAGAUAACCCUAGCAUUGCCCCACUCAAGCAGGGAGUGCCUCCAGGCACCCUUUAAUUGCGGAGCCUGGACCCCAAUUCAUCCAAGGGUAUGGUAUUACCCCCAUGGAGCAACUUAACUCAGAGGAACUCCAUUCCCUCUUGGACACUACCAUGACCAGAUUGGUCACCCAGGCUAUUUACUCCGCUAUGGGGACAAUAUCAGACACUAUAUCCCACUCCAUCCGGCGUCUAACCGUAACCCUGACGUGACCCAACCUGAGGCCAGUCAUCAACCUACUCCCCCUAAAUGCAUUCAUGCGAUACCACCACUUCAAAAUGGAGGAAAUCCAUUGCCUUCGGGACCUCCUCAGAUUGGAGGACUGGAUGGUCAAGCUAGACCUCCAAGACGCCUACUUUACAACCCCCAUUGCCAGAACCUUCUCCAAUUCCAAUGGGAAGGGACAACGUGGAGGUUCCAAUGCCUUCCCUUUGAAGUCUCAUCAGCACCGUGGUGCUUCACUAAACUGCUGAAGCCAGUGGUAGCCCUCCUACGCAGCGGGGGUGUACGGAUGAUCAUAUAUCUGGAUGAUAUGCUGAUCAUGGCACAUGACACCUAACUGCUGAGACAACACCUCUCAUGGGCACAGUAAAAUCUGGUAAUUAUACACAGCACUCACCACUUAGUGGGGAGACGUUAUUAAAAAAAAAAUCAAAAAAAAUCUCUGUUUACAAUUUCAUAUCUCCCAACAUUUCUAAUGAUGAAGAGGGACACUUUAAUUCUAGGGGUGUUCCUGGGAAUGUGGCAUGGGACUGUUUUUAAGAAAUUAUAGGUGAUUUUCUAAUAACAAUUUAGGCAACUAGAAUGUAAUUUAGAACAAAAACAAGGUUUGUUAUUUUCACAGACUAAUUUUUAAACACAUUACAGUAAGUAUUAUUGCUGCAGAGCUCUGUUAUACACUCAGACUCACCAGCAAUAUGAAGCUCCUAGAAUAGGACAUAGGGAUUUGUACCCUCAACAGGGACACUUUGUAGAUAUGUAACGUCACUAGUCUUGACCCAUACUGUAUGUGAGGGCAACCUUCAUCUUUCACGAAUGUUGAACAUUGAAAUCUUUACUCUUAUAAUUUGGUUGUUUUUUGUUUGUUUGUCAUGUGUUAGGAGAUGCAGUGUCUGGCUUUCUUUGGGAGGGUUUCAUGAGAAAGGACCCAACUGGGAAACUGAUCGCAGGAUAUUUAACUCUCACGUGGUCCUGGAUAAUACAGGUAAACUCACCAUGCUCUGCGCUUGCCAGGUGAUUAUUCAACAACACUUUUUCUUUGCUCAUAAAACAAAAUAAAGCAAAAUUCAAACUUCGGUAUUGUACGAGAGUGUUAAUUGCUGAUCAAGACUAGUAUUUGCUUUUACGUCUAUUCAAGAUGUGUCAUAACAAUUUAUGUUCCAUACAGAGUGAAGUAUUCUGAUACAGGGAAAAGCAACGGUAACGCUCAUAAUGGUUGUAGAUGAUAAUUUAAUCAUUUGAAUAAACGUCCCAUUGUCUUAAUUCAUUUUUAAAAUUAGAAAUCUAUAAAGAUCUAUAUAUAUAUUUUUUAAUUGCCCUGUCACCAUAGACUGAUCUAUUGCUAAUAAAUGUAUAAACCAAAAGAUAAUUAAAGGGACACUACUUGUUCAAUUGUUUUAAUUUGUUUAGGGUCUGCAACCUUAACUCCACCUGCUUUAAGUUUAAAAAUAUUGACUACAUAAGCCUUUACUUGCCUUGUCUCCAGCAGUGAGACUCAGUCCAUGUAAGCGCCCGCUUCACCUCCCAUUUUUUUUUCUCUCCUCUUCUGCUUCUCGUAUAAUCCAAUGAUUCUUACAGAUAAGCAUUGUGGACAUGAAGAGCAAGCACUGCAACCUCUUCCAAUCUAAUGCUUUUAAUAGAGAAGUAUUAAAUCCAAUGAGAAGCAUCAGAGGACGUUCUACAAACUCAUGCAAUGUGUGCAGACAUCAAACAACAAAGAACUGAGUCUGAUUCAGUUGUGGGUACGAAAGCACCAUCUAGUGGCUGUAGAGAAGACAGCCACUAGAGUGGUGUAUUUAGCCCCAAAAUGUUAACAUUGCUGUAAUCUACAAGAAUACAUGUUUAUGUUCCUGACCCUAAAGUGUUCUUUUAAAGAUUAAAAAAAAUUAAAACCCAAUCCUGUUCAGUCGAGGCACACACAGGGCACACAUUGCUUUGGAGGAGAAGAAAUAUCAACAUUUUGUUUCCAUUUUUCCACGUAUUGUGCUUAAUGACCACAAAAGGGCAGAGCUUCUAAUAAUGAUUGACAGGGAGCUAAGAUGGUGCCACUUAGUUCCGGGAUAGAUUUAAGUACAGCUCUGUAGAUUUCUACAUUAAAUGUUAUUUUCAAAGUUCACACACACAUAUUUGUCAAACAGAGAGAAUUAGUGAAAUCGAUAUGAAUAUUCCUGGGAAGUGAUAGUUCCACUUUAAUAUUUUUUUAUUAUUCCUUAUUCCAUUGGGUGUGUUCAUACAGGUCACAUUGUAUCCAUUUAUCGCAAAACCCACCUCUUUGAUGUAGAUUUGCAUAGUGGGGUGUCGUUGAAAGAAAGCAAAUUUACAAUUCCUGGACCAGACCUCAUUCCACCAAUUAACACGCCUGCUGGCAAGGUGAGGAGAGAAAAUCAGAUAAUUCUAUUAUAUACAUAAUAUUAUUAACCCCUUCAAUCCCAACAACAUGCAUACUUGUGUUAAUUUUCUUUGCAUUGCAAAACAAUGAAAAACAAAGACUUUUUCCGUAAAGCCGAAAUCACCUUUCCCUUUGCUCCAGUGGUGUUUUUCACCCAACAGAGAAAUUAAUUUCUAUGUCAGGAUACCAUUCUGUACUGGAUCAUAAAUGCCAGUCAACUUCCCUUCUCCCACACUAUACAGUGUUUUUUUGUAAGUUCACCAUUCUAGCUGAAGUUUAGCAGCUGAGGAGCAGGAACAGCUUUAAGCAUUCUUGUUCACACUACAGACUUUUUUUGCAGGUUGCAAUAGCAGCGUGCAGUGUCAGGUGUUGGACAUAUAUUUGUUGUUUUUCUGUUUAUCAAUGUAAGCGUUAUACACUUAUCCAGAUGGUAUUUUUACAUUCUGAUGUUAUGUUUUAAAAAAGCUAGCUACGGGUUGCCACUCCUAAACCAUUCUACAAUUAAAUAUUGUGCCAGUUGUAAUAUCUUUAUUGCCAAAAUGGGAUAUGUUGAAAUGUGCGAUUUGGCUGUAUAAAUAACAAAAAUUUAUUUCAAAGUUAUGACUAAAGUACCCGAAAUAGAAGCAUGGCUGACUUGGAGAAUAUCUCCAUUUUGUCUAUUUUAGACUUAAAUUUAAAAUUCACUUUGAAUUCCAAACAAUUCUCACUUUAGUGAAUAUAACCCUGAUUGUCAUAUUUGCAAACAUAUGUAAAUUAUUAUUUUGCCUUGUCAAUAUUUACGAUCUCGUUUUAAAGUAGUUACUUCCCUUCAGGUUGGUCUUGGUGUGUGCUAUGAUUUACGCUUCCCAGAAAUGGCCCUGGCGCUGAUCCAGGAAGGAGCAGAACUCUUGACCUACCCUUCGGCCUUCACCGUUACUACUGGGAUUGCCCACUGGGAGGUCAGUCUCUUCAUUUAAAGCCCAAAUGUUGAGCCAGCAGUGUGUCAAACACCAGGGUUUGAGUAGAUUUAUAUGCAGGUACCUAUAUCCCAUAAUGCACUUGGUCCAGUACCUUUGGGGGGGGUGUUGAUACACAAUUGUGCCUUUUCUAAUGAUGCCCAGCCCAUAAUAACAUUAUUUCUCAUUGUUCUAUUCUGCUGGAAUGCUGCCCACUUUUAGUCUAUGUUAGUUCACAGAAUAUAUUGAUCACAGGGAGAAAGCUGUUCACAUGGUACCUCUUUGUAUAUUGUUAUACAACAACACUGACCAAAUUAGAAAGGACACAAAUGUCUGAUUUAUAACAAGCGUUAUGCUUUUGUGUUUAAAUACUUUAGUCAGCUUGUGCACUGCUAAAUGCUAGCUGGGUGGGUAUAACAGUGGAUGUUGAGCUGACAGAACUUCAACUACAUUGUUCCCUAUGCACAAAUCUCUGCCGCUAACCACCAUCUCUGAAAUAGACUGCAGAGUAGGGAGUUUAAGUUUCACCUUGCCAUUUAACCUCCACGUAAAUCACUUCUAUCCACCCAAAACAUGGCUGCUGGCAGUGUACUGGGAGAGAGAGCAGGGACCACAGAGCAAGGUUUUUAAUUGGUCCUCACCACAGAGCAAGGUUUUUAAUUGGUCCUCACCACAGAGCAAGGUUUUUUUAAUUAAAAAAAAAAAGCAAUAUUGUAACUGUCAGCCUAUGACAACUUAUACAACAAUACUGCCUUUAAUGCAGCCCACCAGCCUUUUACUCAAUCACCUCUUAUUAAUAGAGUACAUUAAGUUGGGAUAAACAAUGCAUUAUAUAUAUAUAUAUAUAUAUAUAUAUAUAAAUAUAUAUAUAUGUGGCUUCACUUAUGGCUUAACUGAGAUAUUUAUUUUCUAAUUUAAGGUCUUAUUAAGAGCCCGUGCUAUCGAAAAUCAGUGCUAUGUUGUGGCAGCAGCACAAACCGGUAGUCACAAUCAGAAGAGAUCUUCGUACGGCCACGCUAUGGUUGUAGAUCCAUGGGGCUCAGUCAUUGCACAGUGUCAGGACGGGAUAGGACUGUGCUAUGCCGAGAUCAACCUGCCCUUUCUCAGCCGCGUCCGCAGGGAUAUGCCAGUGCAGAGUCACCGGAGAAACGAUUUGUACGGCAAGGUAGCCAUGAACACAAACGACUAAAAGUUUCAGUCUUACAUGCAACAAGGCAGAACUCCUGAGAAAUAUGUUCUAAUUGCCAUAAAUUGUUGAUUGAAUGAAAAAUAACAAAAAUAAUCUCUGAAAUCAGAACAGUCACAAUCAAGUUUCAUCGAUCAGAAGGCAAACCAGUGUAAUUAUUAUUAGUUUCAGAGAAUGCAGGCACUGUCCCACAUUAUGGAAUGGAACUUUACCUCUGCUGAAACAUUUGACAGUGAUAUACAGCAAGGAAGAAGCUGUGUAAUUUGGUUUGACAGCAUAGAAGAUGUACAUUGUUUCAAUAAUUGUGGAUACAAAACCACCAUAUGGGAAUGCAUGUAAAGUGCAAAAGGCAGGCAAAAAUAUAAAGAAACACUAUAAGCACCCAGAAGUGCCUCUGUCGUGAGGAGCAAAGGCUAGCCCGUUUGGACAUUAAUCCUGCAAGUUAAAACAUUGCAGGGUUAAGACAGCCACUAGAGGCACUUCCUGGAUUCUCACAGUUUAACUCCAUGAAACGACAUUGGACAUCCCCAGGUUUUUUUUUAAUUAUUAUUAUUUAUACAAAAUCCACAUAGGAAAGUAUUUAUUCAAUGUUUUCCUCUGGGGAAGGUGUACUGGAUGCACAAAAGGUCCUCAAUUGGUCUGACAUCGCGUGAGGAGGCGCCUGAUCCAGCGCCAAGGGACUUCAGUACUGUUAAAGGACCACUAUAGUGCCAGGAAAACAAACUUGUUUUCCUGGCACUAUAUGGUCUUUAGGUUCCCUCCACCCUCAUGGCCCCCCUCCCGCCGUGCUCUAGGGGGAGGAAGGGGUUAAUCCCAUACCUUUCUCCAGCGCCAGGCUCCCUCUGCGCUGGGGACUCUCCUUCCUCUUCGACCGAAUGCGCAUGAGCGGCAAGAGCCACGCGCAUUCCGUCAGUCCAUAGGAAAGUAUUCUCAAUGCUUUCCUAUGGAUGCUGGCGUCUUCUCACUGUGAAAAAUCACAGUGAGAAACCCAGAAGCACCUCUAGCGGCUGUCAAUGAGAGAGCCACUAGAUGCUGGAUUAACCCUAUUUUAAACAUAGCAGUUUCACCUAUCUGGACCUGGCACCCAGACCACUUCAUUGAGCUGAAGUGGUCUGGGUGCCUAUAGUGGUCCUUUAAGGGGAAAAAAGUGUUUUUUAAUCCUUGCGUGGUCCCUAAAGUAAGGGCUGGGGCGUACUGUAACAGUUUUGUAUUCCUAAUGUUAUAAUUCCUAUUGUUUGUGUUCCUUUACUUUAUGGCAUUGUGCCUGAUCCCAAUUAAUACAAACAGUUGUCACAUUAACAAACCUUUAAUUCUACAUUCAAGUUAUGUCAGUAUGAAUAUUUUUAGGUUUGAAUAUUCAAAUAAACACAAAAAAAACCCUUUUCUA